AUGGUUAGGGGAAAAUGCCCAUCAUGUUUGGCAGAGCUUAUGGCGUCUGCUCCCCUUACACCGCUCUUAAAAACCGAAAAUGGGAUUAGACCUAUUGCAGUGGGUACUAUAUGGAGGCGUUUGAUUUCCAAGGUUGCUAUGAAGGGUGUUGGUAAAGAAAUGAUCGAGUACCUUAAUGAUUUUCAAUUUAGGGUCGGCGUGUGGGGUGGCGUUGAGGCCAUUUUACACACCGUCAACAGGGUUUUAAAUGAACGUCACAUUGAUGGGUCUCUUGCAAUGCUUACUAUAGAUUUUUCUAAUGCUUUUAACCAGGUGGAUAGAUCAGCCUUACUUCGUGAGGUUAGGAUGAGGUGCCUUUCUAUUUCUUUGUGGGUAGAAUUUCUAUACGGGCAACCAGCAAGAUUGUAUCUUAGAGAUGGGCACAUUUGGUCUACCACGGGAGUUCAGCAAGGGGAUCCAUUGGGACCACUUCUUUUCGCUCUUAUUUUGCACCCCCUUGUGCAUCAAAUUAGAAACAAAUGCAAGCUUCUCCUUCAUGCUUGGUAUCUUGAUGAUGGGACUGUCAUUGGAGGUUCAGAAGAGGUGGCUAGAGUGUUGGACAUCAUUAAGGUGAUGGGCCAACAUUGGGUCUUGAACUUAAUAUUAAGAAAAUUGAGCUAUUUUGGCCUUCUUGUGAUGGUAGCAAGUUUCGUGAAGGGUUAUUUUCUACGGACAUCGGGAGGCCAUUAG